CGCUCAUGGCGGCGGCGGCGGCGGCAGAGGCGCUGGCGGCGCUCGGCGGCCGGAGCCGGAUUCAGUAGCCGGGGUGUGGGCCCGCGUCAGUCCGUCCGUCCUUCGGCCCCCUCUCUCGUCUUCCGGAGUGUGGCUGGCGGAGCCGGGAUGGCGGAGCGAGGCCUGGAGAGCGCCCCGGCUGCGGUGGCGGCGCUGCCGCCCGAAGUGCGGGCGCAGCUGGCGGAGCUGGAGCUGGAGCUCUCGGAGGGGGAUAUCACACAGAAGGGAUAUGAAAAGAAAAGGUCAAAACUCCUGUCUCCUUACAUCCCACAGACGCAAGAAGCUGAUUCAGCACUACAGAAAGAACAUAGAAACCAGACACCUGCUCCAUCUGCAGCUCAAACUUCUGCUCCUUCUAAGUACCACCGAACGAGAUCUGGGGGAGCCAGGGAUGAACGAUAUCGAUCAGAUAUCCACACAGAAGCAGUUCAGGCUGCACUGGCAAAGCAUAAAGAGCAGAAAAUGGCUUUGCCCAUGCCAACCAAAAGGCGAUCCACAUUUGUCCAGUCUCCUGCGGAUGCUUGCACACCUCCUGACACGUCUUCGGCCUCUGAGGAUGAGGGCUCUCUGAGACGCCAAGCUGCGCUCUCUGCUGCCUUGCAACAGAGCUUACAGAAUGCCGAGUCCUGGAUCAACCGUUCAAUUCAGGGAUCGUCCACUUCUUCAUCCGCAUCUUCUACGCUGUCCCAUGGAGAGGUCAAAGGAACCAUUGGGUCUCUAGCUGAUGUAUUUGCCAAUACUCGAAUAGAGAAUUUCUCUGCUCCCCCUGACGUCACUACAACUACCUCUUCCUCAUCAUCAUCUUCCUCAAUACGCCCGGCAAAUAUUGACCUGCCCCCCUCAGGAAUAGUUAAAGGCAUGCACAAAGGAUCCAACAGGUCCAGUCUUAUGGAUACAGCUGAUGGUGUUCCUGUCAAUAGCAGAGUAUCUACAAAAAUCCAACAGCUUCUCAACACUCUAAAACGACCUAAAAGACCACCCUUAAAAGAAUUUUUUGUAGAUGACUCUGAAGAAAUUGUGGAAGUACCUCAGCCAGACCCCAACCAGCCUAAGCCUGAGGGCCGGCAGAUGACACCUGUGAAAGGAGAGCCCCUGGGAGUCAUCUGUAACUGGCCACCUGCACUGGAGUCCGCCCUGCAGCGCUGGGGCACCACUCAAGCCAAAUGCCCCUGCCUGACUGCCCUGGACGUGACUGGGAAACCAGUUUACACACUGACGUAUGGAAAGUUGUGGAGCAGAAGUUUAAAGUUGGCCUACACACUGCUUAACAAACUGGGGACCAAAAAUGAACCUGUAUUGAAACCUGGAGACAGGGUAGCCCUGGUUUACCCCAACAAUGAUCCAGUCAUGUUCAUGGUGGCUUUUUAUGGAUGUCUCCUGGCAGAAGUGAUUCCAGUGCCCAUUGAGGUACCGCUUACCAGAAAGGAUGCUGGAGGGCAGCAGAUUGGCUUCUUGUUAGGAAGUUGUGGUAUUGCUUUAGCUCUUACAAGUGAAAUUUGUCUGAAGGGGCUGCCAAAAACCCAGAAUGGAGAAAUUGUACAAUUUAAAGGUUGGCCUCGGCUCAAAUGGGUUGUGACAGAUUCCAAAUACCUUUCAAAGCCACCUAAAGACUGGCAACCCCACAUCUCGCCUGCUGGAAUGGAGCCAGCAUACAUUGAGUACAAAACAAGCAAAGAAGGGAGUGUAAUGGGAGUCACAGUAUCCCGGCUUGCAAUGUUGUCUCACUGCCAAGCUCUGUCCCAGGCCUGCAAUUACACUGAAGGUGAAACAGUAGUGAAUGUUCUAGAUUGUAAGAAGGAUGCGGGGCUUUGGCAUGGCAUGUUUGCGAAUGUAAUGAAUAAGAUGCAUACAAUUAGUGUACCUUACUCUGUUAUGAAGACUUGUCCUCUCUCUUGGGUCCAAAGAGUACAUGCCCACAAAGCUAAGGUAGCUUUGGUCAAGUGUCGAGACUUGCACUGGGCCAUGAUGGCACAUCGGGACCAAAGAGAUGUGAGCUUGAGUUCCCUUCGGAUGUUAAUUGUGACUGACGGAGCAAAUCCCUGGUCUGUGUCAUCCUGUGAUGCCUUCCUGAGUCUGUUCCAAAGCCAUGGGCUAAAACCGGAGGCCAUCUGUCCAUGUGCUACUUCUGCUGAAGCCAUGACUGUUGCCAUCCGCAGACCUGGUGUUCCAGGGGCCCCUUUGCCUGGAAGAGCUAUUCUCUCAAUGAAUGGAUUGAGCUAUGGGGUAAUACGGGUCAAUACUGAAGACAAAAACUCGGCACUGACUGUCCAGGAUGUGGGGCAUGUCAUGCCCGGUGGGAUGAUGUGCAUUGUGAGACCUGAGGGACCACCCCAACUCUGCAAAACAGAUGAAAUUGGCGAAAUCUGUGUCAGCUCCAGAACAGGGGGCAUGAUGUACUUCGGGCUUGCUGGUGUGACGAAAAAUACAUUUGAGGUGAUUCCAGUGAAUUCUGCAGGCUCUCCUGUUGGGGAUGUGCCAUUCAUCCGGUCAGGUUUGCUUGGAUUCGUUGGACCGGGAAGCUUGGUAUUUGUGGUUGGAAAAAUGGAUGGAUUACUGAUGGUUAGUGGCAGAAGACAUAAUGCUGAUGACAUUGUUGCCACUGGAUUGGCUGUUGAGUCAAUAAAGACUGUUUAUAGAGGAAGAAUUGCUGUGUUUUCUGUGUCUGUGUUUUAUGAUGAGCGCAUUGUGGUGGUUGCCGAACAAAGACCUGAUGCCUCCGAAGAAGAUAGUUUCCAGUGGAUGAGCCGAGUGCUGCAGGCAAUUGAUAGCAUUCAUCAGGUGGGAGUUUACUGUCUUGCUUUGGUGCCUGCCAAUACAUUGCCAAAAACUCCACUAGGAGGGAUCCAUAUAUCUCAGACCAAACAGCUCUUUUUAGAAGGAUCUCUGCAUCCUUGCAACAUCCUCAUGUGCCCACAUACAUGUGUGACCAAUCUGCCAAAACCCAGACAAAAGCAACCAGGUGUAGGCCCUGCUUCUGUAAUGGUUGGGAAUCUGGUUGCCGGAAAACGCAUAGCCCAGGCUGCUGGAAGGGAUCUUGGGCAAAUUGAAGAGAAUGAUUUGGUGAGGAAGCAUCAGUUUCUGGCAGAAAUUUUACAGUGGCGAGCUCAGGCAACUCCUGAACAUGUACUCUUCAUGCUGUUAAAUGCCAAGGGAACUACUGUGUGCACAGCCAGCUGCCUUCAGCUUCAUAAGCGAGCAGAGCGGAUAGCAUCAGUGCUCAGUGAUAAGGGACACCUGAAUGCUGGGGACAAUGUGGUGUUGCUCUAUCCACCUGGCAUUGAGUUAAUUGCUGCAUUCUAUGGCUGCCUGUACGCGGGGUGCAUCCCUGUGACUGUGCGACCUCCUCAUGCUCAGAACCUCACAGCCACGCUGCCCACUGUCCGCAUGAUUGUUGAUGUCAGCAAGGCAGCCUGCAUUCUCACCACUCAGACCCUAAUGAGGUUACUGAGGUCUCGAGAAGCAGCGGCAGCUGUGGAUGUGAAAACCUGGCCCACCAUCAUUGACACAGAUGAUUUACCCAGGAAAAGGUUACCUCAGCUGUAUAAACCUCCCACUCCUGAGAUGUUGGCAUACCUUGAUUUCAGUGUCUCCACCACAGGCAUGCUCACAGGAGUAAAGAUGUCCCACUCCGCGGUCAACGCUCUCUGUAGAGCCAUCAAGCUCCAGUGCGAGUUGUACUCCUCACGGCAGAUCGCCAUCUGCCUUGAUCCUUACUGUGGACUUGGCUUUGCACUGUGGUGUCUCUGCAGUGUGUAUUCAGGUCACCAGUCCAUCUUAAUUCCUCCUAUGGAGUUAGAAAACAACCUCUUCCUCUGGCUCUCCACUGUCAACCAGUACAAAAUAAGGGAUACUUUCUGCUCCUAUUCAGUAAUGGAGCUCUGCACCAAAGGACUUGGAAACCAGGUAGAGGUGCUAAAGACCAGAGGGAUCAAUCUCUCAUGCAUCCGGACCUGUGUGGUGGUGGCCGAGGAGCGGCCCCGAAUAGCCCUGCAACAGUCCUUCUCCAAACUCUUCAAAGACAUCGGGCUGUCCCCUCGGGCUGUCAGCACCACAUUUGGAUCAAGAGUCAAUGUAGCAAUAUGUUUGCAGGGAACCUCAGGGCCUGAUCCAACAACUGUGUACGUGGAUCUGAAGUCACUAAGACACGACAGGGUUCGUCUUGUGGAACGAGGCGCCCCGCAGAGUUUGCUCCUCUCCGAGUCUGGAAAGAUCUUACCUGGAGUGAAAGUGGUUAUUGUUAAUCCAGAGACCAAAGGGCCUGUUGGAGAUUCUCACCUUGGAGAGAUUUGGGUCAACAGUCCCCACACAGCUAGUGGCUACUACACCAUCUACGAUAGUGAGACUCUUCAAGCCGAUCAUUUCAACACCCGCCUCAGCUUCGGAGAUGCUGCUCAGACUCUCUGGGCACGGACAGGAUAUCUUGGUUUUGUUCGCCGGACAGAGCUUACUGCAGCCACCGGAGAGCGUCAUGAUGCUUUAUACGUUGUGGGGGCUUUGGAUGAAACCCUGGAGCUGAGAGGAUUAAGAUAUCACCCGAUUGAUAUUGAGACCUCAGUGUCCCGGGUCCACAGGAGCAUUGCUGAAUGUGCCGUAUUUACAUGGACCAACUUGCUUGUGGUGGUUGUGGAACUGUGUGGCUCUGAGCAGGAAGCCCUCGAUCUGGUUCCUUUAGUGACAAAUGUGGUCCUGGAAGAGCAUUACCUCAUCGUUGGAGUCGUGGUUGUGGUGGACCCAGGUGUUAUCCCCAUUAACUCCAGAGGAGAGAAGCAGAGGAUGCACCUUCGUGACAGUUUCCUUGCUGACCAGUUAGACCCUAUCUAUGUGGCAUAUAACAUGUAACCAGCCUUGUGGAGAUUUCAAGGGGAGAUUUCCAUCCUAAAAAACCACAAGGACCAAAGAUCUGGGACUAGAAGCAAGCAUUCAGAUGAUGAGAAAUAAGCUGGGACAGCUACUUUAGAUACUUCAUCUCAUCCUGUGGAAUUCUGCACUAAGCAUACAGGGAAGGGGAAUUCUGAGAUGGCAAAUGAAAAAAAUGUUAACAGUCUGUUAGUCAUGAGCUUGGACCUAGCGUGAGCAGCACGUUACUAAAGCAAUUACAUGCAUGUUGCAUUUUUUUCAUCUGUUGUAUAUACUUGUAUUUUUACCUAAUGCUCUUUUAGAAUUUUGUAAGAGUCGAAUGAAUUCACAUGAAGGGGGUAGUCUGAGUUAUACAAUUCCCCACUCUGUACUGUAUUUUGCCAUUUGAUCAUAGCUAGGCAUCCUGUGGGCUUUGUUAACAUGGAGCUACUCUUAGUCUACACAUAAGCAAAACUGAUAACCCACUGAAUAUGAGAAUUACAUUAUAUAUAUGCAUAUAUAUAUAAAUUCUUAACUGUAAAACAUUUGACCAGUGUUUUAAACAUGUAAAUAAGAAUACACAUAAUUCAGCUUAAAAAAACUGAAGAAUUGGCUUAUAUAGUUAUUAACAACCAAAAUAGGAACAUUUGUGCUUUGAGAGAAUUUUAGAACUCUCGUAGUGCAGUGUAAUUGAAUAGAUGACUAAAAAGUGCAAAUUGUUGGCAGAUUUUACUGCACGUUGUACUAUGUCUCUUUUGGCUGGUGUAUUUUAUAAACUAAAGCUGCCUGUAUUUGUUUUUAAAGCUUGCAUUCCCAGAAUCAGCUUAAGCUUUUAAGAAUUCAACCUAUUUCUGUAAGCUGAAAAUCUGUUUAAAAAUCAAAAUGUUAUGGACAAACUGAGAUUCAUUAAAUCCCACCCUGUUCUAAGGAACCAGGAUAAUGCACUUCGGCCCCCAGUGUUGGAACUGUUGAGACUGCAUAAUAUUUGAGAAUUUCCUCUUUUCCAGCCCCCCAUUAUAAACCGUGUGUGCAGUUUGUAUACAGAGCUACUUGUUUCUGCAAAGUGCACUGCAUGCACAUUUCACGACGUGCACAAGGGGUUCAAGAGCAGGUGGUAGGCUGGGAAAGCAGUAGGACCUACCAAUAGUCACAUGAGAUUAUAAGGCUACACGACUCAACAUCUCAAAACUGAUCGUUUUGGGUUGCCGAAAUAGACAGGCUUAUGCUGCAGUAGGGGAAGGCUGAUGCUUUCAAGAAACUUCUGAAAUAACUGUGGUGCCCUGGCCAAGCGGACUGAGCCUGAGACUGAGUUUGGCGUCCGGCUCAGUUUCCUUUCUUUGGUCUGAUACUUCAUGUAUUUGAAUAUAGUUGAAUUUUAUUAUUUUUUUCUUACAGAAAUAUUUUUAAAAAUUAAAACUCAAAAGUGAACAGAGUUAACUUGUUAAAUCAGAAUGGUUCUCUUUGACCCACUCUGGUCUAUUGUGUAAAUAUUUAUUUAGGCUAUUUUAAUAAUACAUAUUAUUUACCCCCACUGUAACAUCAUGUAAACUAAAUAUGUUUUUAAACAAUUUUUAAGACUUGUAAUUACCCUGAAAAUAAGGUUUAUAAUGCAAAGACCAGACCCCUCACCAGGGCAGCAUUAUUGGGGGCUGCCCUUAUAACAAGUCUCUAAGCCACUUUAUGACUCUUCCUUUUACAUAAUUCCUCUUUUCCUCCCAACUCAUUCUCCACCGAGGCAGACCUCAAGGCAUUUUCCAGUUCCAGAUCUCUUUUUCAACAUUUUGUAUGAAGUUAAUUUACAUGUGAUGGGAACUGUUCUAGUGUAUACAGUGGAAAAAACAACAUUGGGCCUAGAAAAUCCAUUGUUUUGCAAUGGCUUGGUUUGCAGAGAAUAUCUCCUACUUAUUCGGAAAGUAACUUUCUAAUAGUCUUAGUGAUCCUGAGGGUUAAAUAGUUUUAUCUUGGGGGCUGGAGAGAUAGUACAGAGGUUUCUGCGCUUGCCUUGCCCACCGCUAUCCCAUCUGAUCCCCAGCACUGCAUAUGGUCCCCUGAGCACCACUAGGUAUGAUCCCUGCUCCUGGUGUGGCCCAGAGUCUCCCCCACCCCCUACCUACCUUCAUCUAUCUCCACAAUCCACAAAUUCUAAGAAAGGAUAAAAAGGGCAGAAUGUAUCCUAUGGAUGACUUUGAAAAUUCUUACUACACAGUUAAUAUGUCUAUUAGACAUACAAUGUGAACCACAUCUGUCAUUUAAAUUUUUCUAGAAAGCACAUUAUGAAAAAGUAAACUGAAGCAGGGCCAAGAGAGUGGCUCAGUGGUAAAACUCAUGCCUUAUAUGCCUGGGUUUAAUCCCUGGUACCACACACACAAAUUGAAAUUUUAAGAAGCAGAUUAAAUUGAUUUGAACUUACUUUUGUUUAAGCUAAAUAUCAAAAUACUACCACUUGCCACAUGGGCUCAAAUAUGAAAAAUAUUCCCGAUAGUUUGCUGUUUUUUUUUUUAAUUAUGUUGUCUUUGAAAUCAAUUGGCUAAAUGUAUUAAGUAUAUCAUUGUGGACUAGCCAUAUUUCAAGUUUCAGUAGCUACAGGCUAGAAGUUAUGAUACUGGACAGUGUUGAUUUAUUGUCAUUCCUUCAAAUAAUAUACUCCCAUUAAUCUCAGAGUGAGGUUCAUUCCCAGUUACUUACGGGCUGAUUUUCUAGUUUUGUAGUUCCUCAAGACAUUAGGUUGUUUUUUUCUUUAAUGUAUACUGUAUUGAUGAUUUCUUGAUCCUUUGCAUAGCCUUCAAAGCCAGAAUAUGCUAAUGAAAGAAAGCUCCCUCUUAUCCACAGUUUUGGGAACUUUAUCAAUAACUCUGAUAGAGUGUUUCUCUGGAAGGGGGAUGAAUUCAGUCAUUGGCUUAAAGAUAUUUGUAGGUUCUCAGAUAUCAGAUUCCCAUUUGGUUGUAGACUUGGUUAAGGCAACUCUUGAUGACACAGAGCAUUUGUUCUUUUCAUACUAAGUAGAACUUUUGUGGUAGAACCAACUCUAAAGUCCAUUAUCUAUUUAAAAAAAAAACAACCUUGCAAUUCCUGUGGAACAUAUUCUGUAUGGGUUUUUAUGCCUGUGAAAAAUAAAUAGCAAGUCCUCAUCUUAGUUAAUUGUAACUAUUCAUCUGAAUUUUCUGAACCUCUUUUCUGCCUAACAGCAGAAGUAACUGAGGUAGAUCAGGAGAAUUCCUAGGCCCUGGGGAUUCUUAGAGCUGCAUGCGGGAGACCUGGGAUUGACCAGCAUGCCAGUAGACACCAGUGAAUCCACAAGUUUUUUGUUUACUUCCCGCCUUAGGAAGGCCCUGGUUCUUUCCCACCACCUCCACCCACUCCCAAGUCCUUUCCUCCUGAUGUUAUGCUGCCUCAGGCUAUUUAGGGACCAUCCCAUCUACCUGAAAUGAGUUUGCCUCCUAACUUUAGUCCCUGGGCAAUGCUUGCUUAGUGCUUUUGUUGAAUCAACAAAGGGCCUGAGGCCUUAGAUUUUUAUUAAGGUCUCUGCCCCAGGCAUGGUGCUCAAUAUCUUGGCCAAAUAAAUUACUUUCCUUGAAUAUCCAGGAAUCUUAGACUAAAGCAUUGAGGAGUUAUCACCUCACCCUCAAAACUCCAACAAAAUCUAUGCCUUAGUGUUGUUUUUUGUUGUCUGCUUUGAUGUAUAAGCAAGUGUAUUUGGAGCAAGAAGCUGCAGUACUCCAAACACACAUUAGGCCUUUUCUUUAUCAUCCAUACAACAUUUCUGGUUUAGGUAAAUGUAAAUGGGCCAUGUUAUUUGUCCAAGGAAGCAAGUGUAAAAAUACAAAAAUAAUUUUUUUGUCCUAAAUGCUGUUUUGUUUACUUUUGUCAAGAUAUUUACCAGUGUCAAACUCAAACAAUAGUACUGUGUAAUUAUGUACAAAGUUUUUUUUUAUUUAUUUGAAAUUAGACUAGAUAUACAUUUUUAAAUUUAACAUCUGGCUGGACAGUGUUCUAUUAACUCAUUGAAUGUGUUUCCUUUGUCUUGUGUUAAUAAAUAUUGAUGCUUGA